AUGCAAGUUGUUUCUGAAACAUCCGAGGUCGGGCGCCGCCGUCCGACAAACUGGGCAGCCCUCGAGGCCCUGGAGGAGCUAGCCUUGCCAAGUCCCUCCCCAUCUCUCGGAACCGCUGGCCUUUCCUCACUCUGCAGCACCGGAGAGAUUCCCAUUCUCUUGGACGCCGGGAGGGAUCUAACACGGCUAUCCGACGACUUAGAUUCACAGAUAGCAGAAUGCAAUCAAUCACCGCUCUCAAACAAGGCUCUCGGCCGCGAAUACAGCUCGAAAGCGGCCAGCUCUGCUAAUGCCUUAGGUCUUUGCCUUGCAGUUCCCAAAUCAUCUAAUCAUGACGUCCUAUUUGGCAGCAAAGACGAUACCGAGUCUCUUGAGAAGCCUUUGCAGGGCGAUAACGGUUAUCAUAAGCAAUCAAGGCUUACUGUGUCAAGGGAGUCCUCAACUAGUCUUAGUUCUCCGCUUGUAUAUGAGGUGCCGGGCCCUCUGUCCCCGAGUACAAGCCACCGUGAUUCUCCAGUAGCCUCUCCGUGCGUCACGCCCGCGUGGUCAACCCCAACGUCUCCUUUGACCUCUCCGCGAUCUAUUUACUACAUGAUGUCGCCCUCAGCUGCUGAUCUCCGCGACUCAUCAUCGCCAUCAAACCUGGUUAAGCGUGAUGAUUCACGGAGCCAGCAGGCCAGCAUUUCAGGCCCGUUCUCUACUUUGUCAAUGACUCUUUUUGGCUCAGGCUCUUUGCUCUCCUCUUCGCCAUCUGUGUGCUCGACUGGGACCGAGCCUUCGCCGCGCAAAGUUGGCAAUAAUCCUUGGAAAUGGAGGCAAAUCUACAAGUCUAAAAGUUGCUCUCCGAUGCCAAGAGUAAAUAGGCUCUCACCAAGCGCUUCAAAAAACAAUGUGGGCAGCACACCUGGCUCGGCUCCAGUAACGCCUCUUGUCCCAACGUUUGAUCUUCCGGAAACGUCUCAUCACUCUGCGACUGCCUCUAAUUCGGUUCGUUCACUGCGCUCAGUCCGUUCAGGACAAAUCUCGAGCCCUCUGGCGUCGUACUCUGCGGCAGGGGCUCAACCUUUCAAUCUGCCUGGAAUUCUAGGAUGGCUUCGAAAUACCAUUCUUGAGCUCUGGAUUGAUCAAGAAGGAUCUCCCUUCGCGGCUCGGCCAGCAUUCAGACUGAUGGGAUACACUAGCGAGCACGCGAAAGGCAGAGACGAAGAACUGGUGAAUGCCCUGACCUACGGUCUCGCAGACUUUCUUCCAGUGAAACGGCAAGUCUUCGUCUUCAAGUCUGACAACUUAACUGCGGCACCUAUAUUGCGCCGGGUGACAACGGUGGGCGACGAACCCAAAGACUGCAUACUGCAGCAGGCUUUGCUCACAAUUGACUCAGAUGGAGUAUACAGCGUCGGCGGCAUCGAAUUUUUUGAUCUUCAAGCUCAUCAAGCGCCACUCGUUUUAAGGUGGAAGCUGGAGUAUUUCGUCCACGAUAACAUAGCCGAGGCUUCUGAAGUACUGGCGCAAGGGGAGAAGGCAUUCACCCCUUUGAGAUUCUCUUGCUCUCCCGGACUACUCCAUCCGAGUCACGGAAGGAAGAAAACGGGACUCAUGCAGAUGUUCAAGCGAAACCAAUCCGUCAGAUUGUGCGCGGAGAAGAUGGCGGCCCCAAAGUUUCCUGAAUCGGUUCUAUCUACGUUUGACCAUCGAUAUGAGGAUGGAAGAGGCAAGGACUUGACGUCGACAAGACCGGACGAAUCUGAGUUCAAAUAUUGA